AUGGCCCCACUCACCCCAUUCUCGCAAGAUGGAUCCAACGCCUCCGUCGAGGCGACAGUCAUGACAAUCCCAUAUCUGAACAAGAUCAAAGUCCUGGCUAAAAUUUCUCCACCCUUGCAACCGACUUUCCGCCAGACGCCCGUCAUGCGCGGACCCGUCAUUGCCAUCGACGGCCAAGACCCAGCACUCGUUCAAUCAGCCGUGAACUACCUAGAACGUAUGUUCAAAAAGGAAGCAAAGCACCACGUCCGCAUCUUCCAGGGUCCAACAAUCAAAGACCCCACAACUGAAUCUUCCUCCGAUCCAACAGUCGAAUACCUCGAUACAAUUUCCUCCUGGCACCGGGUCUCAGACGAAGUAAAAGACUUCGUCCGGACUUUGAACGGAAGUGCGGAAUUUAACAACGUCAACGACAACGCCAGCGCCAGCGCCAACACUUCUGAGACCCAAACCAGCAGAGAAGACGGCUCAACAAGUCCAAAAACCCUCAUUCCCAAAACAACCGCCAUGCACAUAAACUCCCCCCAAUCCAGCGAAUCCGGCUCCGACCACUCCGCCAGCACAAAUACAUCGCUCACAGCACUACCACUAGCCCUAGUCCCCCGAUACCAAUUGACGACGGCGGAUGCAUUCGCGUGCUCGAUUCCGAUUCGAGACUCGUAUACUUCUCUCGAUCAUUGGCAGUGGAUGGCGAGUCUUUGGCGGACGUGUGUCGGUCCCGAUAUCACUGUUUAUAUUCGUGAGUGUAGUCGGGAGGAAAUUGAGAGGUUUGGGGGGAAUGCGGUUGAGAUGAGGUUGCAGGAUGCUAGGACUAUUGUUAUUCGGAGGGUAGUUGGGUCACCCGGGGUUUUGGAGGAGAAGGCUUUGAAGAGGGUUGGGUUUGAGAUUGAGGAUUUUUUGACGCAGUGA